GUUUCAUUUUAUAAUCCUGGAAGAUAAAAAGGAACGUGACACAAUGUCAACGAGUCUAAGCAGUUCUGCUGGUAUGCAAUGUUUUCGUUGCGUGACGAGUGUGAGUGGUGCUACUCCUGUCACACGGUGUGCUGUACAAUUCAUCGCUAGUUGCAACUCUUCAAGGAUGCUGUGAAGAACUACGAGACUGACAGCACGGCCGUCGCUCCCUCCCUUAUAAGUCCGAAGCAAAACAAGUUCCGUAGUGGGGAUAGUGGGGGAAUCGAAUGACGCGUCGGUGCUCGUUCCGCGAACGUGUCUUGCGUCACGUGGUUUCCCCCCGUGCAGCCAUAUUAUAGCUAGGCACGAGUACGCCGCCGACAUAUACGUAUCUACUCAACUGUUUGAUUAUGUGAAUGUGAGAAAUGUUUGUAUCUUUAACUGUAAUUUAUUUUGUUAUGGAAUAGCGGAGUCUUCUACUACAGGCUUUAUUUGCUUAAAAGAAGGCUCAAAUCACAAUAUGAUUGCUACUAUUUGUUUAAGAAAUAAACUAUUUUGUAUUUUGUAUUUGUAUGACAUUUGUUUACAAGAUCAAUAGCUUAAUAAGUACUUAUUUCUCAUAGGUUUUAGUGGCAUUGUCCUUUUAUGCUACUGGGAGUUACCAAAGGCUAGUUGGAGGCAGUUAUGAGCCUAAUGAGUCAGCAAUCUACUUCUCGUUCUAUUCGAGAGGUAACAGCAGCUCUUAACCAUCCCUUAAUACAAAGGAAAUGGAUCAAGUUUCCUCAAACUCGUCGUGAAAGAGAUGCUGUAAAACUGAGAUUUUUUGAAAAAUUCAGUAUACCAUCUGUUAUAGGAUGCAUUGAUGGCACUCAUAUAGCCAUAAUUAGACCAUCAGAAAAUGAAGAGAGAUUUUUUAAUCGCAAACAUUUUCAUUCAAGAAAUGUUAUGGUUGUUAGUCAAUAUUUUUGGUUAUUACUGAAUUGUAAUUCAUUGCUUAUGAAAUUAGUUAAAUAUCUUUGUUUUAUAUAUUUUCAGAUAGCUGAUUCAGAUUUAAGAAUACUGUCAGUAGAUGCUUCAUUUGGAGGAGCAUCACAUGAUAGUUUCGUCUGGAAUCAGCAUCCGGUGAAACAACAUUUAAUUGAAUUAAAUAAUAAUGGGGAAACUGUAUUUAGGGAAUACAUGAUGACACCUAUUGUUGAUGCUCAUCAAGGGUCCCCUGAGGAAUAUUACACCAAGUUACACUGCACUGCACGGAAUACCGUAGAACGUACCAUUGAUGUCCUCAAAAACAGGAUUUAUUUUGACCAAGAUGAGAAUACAGCAGAAUAUGGGAAAGAUUACCCAACUGUAACUUCUCAAGAAUCAACUAGCAGCACAGCUGCUGAACUAAGACAAGGCAUCAAAAAGCGAAAUGUUUUAGUUCAGCAGUUGUGGGCAAGCAGAAGACAUACCAAUUCAGGAAAUGAAUUGACUGCCAAGCUUGAGUUGCCAGUUGCAAACUCUUGUCCACCCAUCACUGUCACCAACCUUUUAUCUAGAGCAGACAAUAUUGGCAAGUUGUCUGCUGUCCCACCACCAGUGCGCCUCAUUGAAGAUGAGAGUU